AUUUUGUCUUUGUCACAAACGUCAUCCAGUCCCGAACUUGUCAUAUCUUCUUGUUUUCAAGGAAAUUAUUGAAUAUCGACAUUAAGAAACAAAGUAUUUCAAACUUAAAACGAAUCAAAUCUAAUCAUGGCCAACAUACCACUAAUGUAUGCUCAAGAAGAUUGUGAACUUGGAGGAAAGGAAUCGAUAGAGGAUGAUUUUGCGUAUCGCAACAAUGUGAUGAAUGCUGACAAGGAGAUCCGUUUGGGAUUUGUACGCAAGGUGUACGGACUUCUUACAGUUCAGCUGCUGGCUACUGUAGCCAUUGCAGGUGUCUUCCUGCUUGUCAAACCAGUACAACUGUUCAUACACCAAAAUGAUUGGAUGGUAUUUGUUGCCUUCAUCUUGAGUAUUGUCACAUUGUUUGCGCUAAUCGCCAAGCGCCGGGAUUCCCCUGCGAACUUUUACCUCCUGGCUGCAUUUACUGCAGUCCAAGCGUACACUGUGGGCGUGGUGGUAUCAUUUUACGAUACAUUCAUAGUGCUACAGGCACUCGCUAUCACCUUUGCAGUUGUCUUUUCACUCACUCUCUACACACUCAACACUAAACGUGACUUCUCUUUCAUUGGAUAUGGAUUGGUGGCUGGACUCAGCGUGCUCAUUGUAGGUGGUCUGAUUCAAAUCUUCCUUCAGAGCUCCGCAUUCGAGGUUGCGCUGUCUUUCGCAGGUGCGAUCUUCUUCAGCCUCUUCCUCAUCUUUGACACCCAACAGAUGAUGACCACAUUGUCUCCGGAAGAGUACAUCCUUGCUACCAUCAAUCUGUACAUGGAUAUUAUCAAUCUAUUCCUAUACAUUCUUCGUAUCCUAAACGAACUCAAUAGAAACUAAAUUGCACAUUUUUCUUCAUAUUUUUUAA